UUGCCUCCUUGAACAAUUAUAAAUAUCCGAUUUUUCGUAAAAAUGUUCAAUAGUAAUUUAAUAAAAGCUUUAUCAGCUACGAUGGGAACCAUCUUUGAACCCUCAAAAUCUUCAAAUAAAAGAUCAACAAGUUCAACUAAUAUAACCAAUCCAACUAGUCCAACCAGUCCAACCAGUCCAACCAGUACAACUGAAGACUCGGAUUCCGAUUCUUCAAAUGGAAGCUCCGGAAAUUCUUCUUUAGAUGCGGUAUACCUUACAACUUUAUUUCAAGAAAGUGAUGCAGAGGGUAUUAUAGAAGAAAAAGAAUUAGAUACUAGUGAAUCAGAAAAAUUACUAAAAGAAAAAACCACCAAAGAAAAAUUACAAGAAAUUUUUAAAUUACAAAAUCCAGAAGAACUUAAAGGAGAGUUUAGAUGUACUUUAUUAAGAUCAAUAUUGUUACAAGGUUUUAUGUAUCUGACAGAAGAUCAUAUUUGUUUUCAUGCUUAUUUUCCAAGAGAGCAGGAUAUUGUAUUGAAGGAUGGUAAUCUCGCUAAGAAAAAUUUUGGAAAUAGAUAUGAACGUUAUCAUUUUACACUUCAAAAUGAUGUACUCACUUAUUACGUAGAUCCUAUGGAUAUGUAUUGUCCCGAAGAGAUUAUCGACUUAAAAUACGCUAUAAAGGUUGAGAAAACUAGUAAAAAGAAUGGAUUUAAAAUUAUUACACCAAAGCGUACGUAUAAAUUUCAAGCAGAUUCGCAAACUUCUAUGGAAGAAUGGAUGGUACAAUUAGAAAGAUCUAUUGUACGAGCUAAUAAUGAUGGUGAUAACGUAAAGAUUGUUAUACCAAUCGGAAGUAUUAUUAAUAUUGAAAAUAAUUUAUCGAAUUUUUCUAAUACAUUACAUAUUGUUACAUCGGAACAAGAUGAUCACGAAGAUUACUUUUUCGUCGUCUUCUCGGAAAGCGAGUCUUUGUAUGAAGAACUUACCAAAUGUUGGGAAAAACACAAGUCAGCUCAUCCUUCGCGUCCAAGAGACAUUAAACAGGUUGCCUCCGAGUCAAGUGAAGUCUCAUCAGUAAGGUCUAUUACAACAUUUAUAAAACAUAAACGAAAUAAAAGUCGUGAUGAGCCACCAUCACCAACUAUUCCAAGAUCUGUAUCCAGAUCACCUCGUGCAACAACCUUAGAAACUGUAACAUCAGAAACAUCAGAUAGUCAAUGGAAUAUAACAAAAUAUGUUUCUAAACGAGCGCAAGUAUUUUUGAAAAAUCCUAAGAAAUAUAUUAGUUCUUUCGAAGAAGAUAUUUCCGAAGAAACUCGACAACAUUUUAGAGAACAUUUUGCGUUACCAGAGAAUGAAAAACUUUAUGCUGUGUUCUACGGAUAUUUCUUGCGUAUGCUUCCGGUGUACGGCAAAUUUUAUGUAUCCGACAAUUAUGUUUGUUUCAAGUCUAGAGUUAUAGGUCAAAAUACUAAUAUGAUAUUGCCAAUUGCGGAUAUUCACUUCUUUAAAAAGACGAAGGCAACCAUGUUAGGAUAUUAUGGGUUGGAAAUUCUUACCAAAGCUCAACAAGAAAUGUUUUUCGAAUUUGGAUUUGAACAUGUAAGAGAUAGAUUUGUUGAAAUGAUUGAACUUAAAAAAACGAAAUCGAAUGAAGAAAGGAGAACAAUGUCGGAAAGUUCAAGUGAUAGCAUUAUAAAUCAAGCUAUAAUUAAAGAUCAAUUACUAUGGCAACAAUGGUCAGCAAACACAGGGUCACCAAAAGCAACAAAUUUUGGCGAUAUAGGAGCGACCAAUAAAUUUGACAAGCCAUUACAUAUAACUUGUCUUACUAUUGGAUCACGUGGUGAUGUUCAACCUUAUAUUGCACUUGCCAAAGGUCUUAUGAAAGAGGGCCAUAAAGUUAGAAUCUCUACUCAUGGUGAAUAUAAGGAUUGGGUUGAAGGCCAUGGCAUUGAAUUUGGUUACGUUGGUGGCAAUCCUGCAGAGCUUAUGCGUAUUUGUGUUGAAAACGGCAUGUUCACUUUUGGUUUUUUCAAGGAAGGUCUCACAAACUUUCGUGAAUGGUUAGAUGAUUUAUUGAAGACUUCUUGGGAGGCAUGUCAGAAUACAGAUGUAAUUAUAGAAUCUCCUAGUUGUAUGUCUGGAAUUCAUAUUGCGGAAUGUCUUGGUGUCGCAUAUUUCCGUGCAUUUACAAUGCCCUGGACACGAACAAGAGCAUACCCUCAUGCAUUCGCAGUACCAGAUCAUGAUCUCAAAGGUCCCUAUAAUUAUUCAUCUUAUGUCCUUAUUGAGAAUGCCUUUUGGCUUGCGAUUUCUCCACAAGUAAAUAGAUGGAGGAAGAAAACAUUGAAAUUACGUGGCACUAAUUUAGAGAAAAUGGAACCCUCAACAGUUCCAUUCUUAUAUAAUUUUAGUGAAUAUAUUGUUCCAAAAGCAUUUGAUUGGGCGGAUUGGAUUCAUGUGACUGGUUAUUGGUUUUUGGAUAAUCCUGAUCAUGGAUGGAAUCCACCAGAAGAUCUAAUAGAAUUUUUGAAUAAAAAUCAAAAGAAUAAAAAACCGAUAGUGUAUAUCGGAUUUGGAUCAAUUGUUGUAGAUGAUCCGCAAGCAAUGACAAAAACAAUUGUAGAAGCUGUACAAAAAAGUGGAGUAGCAGCUAUUUUAUCAAAAGGAUGGAGUGAUAGAUUACAAAAAAAACCAAAUCAAAAUGAGGAGGAAAAUUAUCCACCAUCAAUUUAUUCAUUGAAAUCAGUACCACAUGACUGGUUAUUUCCUAAAAUUGACGCGGUAGUACAUCAUGGUGGAGCGGGCACUACAGCUGCAGGAUUACGCGCUGGUAUACCAACAAUUAUUAAACCAUUUUUUGGAGAUCAAUUCUUUUGGGGGGAUCGUAUUGACAAUAUGGGAAUUGGAUUUUGUUUAAAAAAAUUAAGUACAGAUAAAUUAUCAGAUUAUUUGGUGAAAGUUACAACAGAUAAAAAAAUUAUUAAGAAAGCUGAACUAGUGGGAGAAAAUAUUAGAAAAGAAGAUGGCGUACAAAAUGCUAUACAAGCAAUUUACAAAGAUUUAGAAGGUGCAAAGCAAAGAAUUAUUUCACAACGUAAUAGAACUGAACAGAGUAUUUCAUCAAACAAUACAUUUGAAAUAGAGGAAAAUGAUUUAAAUAAUACUGCUAAUGUUUUAUAUUCUUUAAAUCCUUUAAAUCAAGAUAAAAGAUUAUCCAAAUCUUUAAGGAAAUGGAUUGGCGUUGGUGGUGCUGGUAACAUCACUAUUAAUACUAAUACCGUUACAUCUGAAAACGAUAAUACUGAUUGAUUAUUAUUAUAUUAUUUAUUAUUAUAUUAUUAUUACUUUAUUAAUUAUUACUAUAAGUACUAUAAUCAUAUUUUUUUAAUAUAUAAAUAACUUAAUCAAUUUCUGUCU